AUAAAAAUGGGGGUUUGCAUGAAGAAACCAAAAUCAAAGCAAAUCUCAAACUAGCAAGAGAGAGAGAGAGAGAGAGAGAGAGAGAGAGAGAGAGAAAAAGAGAGAAAAGUGAAGAAUGGUGUUCAUCAAGGUUCAUCAACUUGCUUUUCUCUUCGGUCUCUUGGGUAACAUUGUGUCUUUUGGGGUAUUCUUGUCACCAGUGCCAACUUUCUAUGGGAUAUACAAGAAGAAAACAUCAAAAGGGUUUCAGUCGAUACCAUACAUAUGUGCACUCGCAAGUGCAACUCUUCUUCUCUACUACGGAAUAAUGAAGAAACAUGCUUAUCUCAUCAUUAGCAUUAACACCUUUGGAUGUUUCAUCGAAAUCUCCUACUUGUUUCUCUAUAUCAUCUACGCACCAAGAGAGGCCAAGAUUGCCACGUUGAAGUUGAUAGUGAUAUGCAACAUAGGUGGUCUUGGUCUCUUGAUUCUUCUCGUUGAUCUUUUGGUUCCAAAACCACACCGCGUCUCAACCGUUGGAUGGGUUUGUGCUGCUUACAGUCUCGCCGUCUUUGCUUCUCCCUUGAGCGUCAUGAGGAAAGUUAUAAAGACAAAGAGUGUGGAAUACAUGCCGUUUCUUCUCUCCUUGUCUCUCACGCUUAACGCCGUCAUGUGGUUCUUUUAUGGACUUCUUAUCAAAGACAAGUUCAUUGCGAUGCCAAACAUUCUAGGUUUUCUAUUCGGCAUAGCUCAGAUGAUACUAUACAUGAUGUAUCACGACUCGAGGAAAACGGAUUUGCCAAAGCUCACCACAUCUACAGAGAACGAACCAACAAACCAAACCAAUCUGAAUCAAGUUGCGAUCGUGGCCGUUGAACUGCCUGAUGCGAAAUCAGACAACGUUGAAGGAUCGGCGAGGCCUGUGAAGACUCCAAACUCAAGCACGACUUGAAAGGCAAACAUGGGGGGAAAAUGCAUGGGAGACAUUUUUAUCGUAUGUUGGAAUAAUAAACUUUCGUUUCUAUGUUUUGAUUGGGUUUGAAUUGGUCUAACCAAAUUAACCCCAAGUGUUCUAUCGUUGUGAUGAUCAUAACUAAACCUUGAUAAAUGACAAUCUUGGUCCAAUCAGUUUCAGUUUGUCUCGGUCAUUAGCCAAAAGUGCGAAACUAAGCUUCAUUAAACUAAUAACACUUUAGGAUUUGAACCAUAUAUAAAAAUCAGAACUAGUAUUAAUAAUACUGUAUUAUACAGCUCGGCUGUAAUUAAAAGAAUAAACGUGCGCACAAGUCUGC